AUGUGGAACUAUGAACCCCAUUUGCUGCAGGAUACCAGAAAUAAAAGGGGAGGUGUAGACACAUCGCUUGGUUGCUUGGUCGAUGAAGCAAGCAAGGAAGCAAGAAAGCAAGGAAGCAAGGAAGCAAGGAAAAGAAAGGUUCUUAUCAAGGAGCAUUCGAGCAAGAGUGUAAUGACAAUUAUGCCCAUUCUACCCACAAUGAUUAUCGAUAGAAAAGAAGAAGGAAAGACAGCGCCCCUCAAUCAUUAUGGCACUGCUACAGUCAAAAAGACACACGCUUUGGUUUUUAUCAAAUACAUACAGCUUCAACAAGGAGAAUUAGAUAUUUGA